AUGUCAGAGCAGAGUUCCCAGCGAGUUAACUCGAACGCUCGGGGGCCUAAGGGUGGAAGCCUGCACACAACACCUUCACUACAAAGUCUAGGCGAAGUGGUGCCGCCCCUCCUCCGUGUCCCCCGCGAAAUCCGUAAUGAAAUCUACAAAUACCUUCUCUACUUCCCACUACCUCCUCUCCCGGGUCCGGUCCCUGUGAAUGAAUGGAACGAGACACAUAGACUUGAAAGGCGGCCUAGUCAAUUCGAAGACCCUAAUCGGAACAUCGACAUCCUCAGGGUUAAUAAACAAAUACACGGCGAAGCGACCGAGUUUUUGUACAGUGUUAAUGUAUUUCUGAUACAAAUCACUACCAGUGUUGCCCGGGAAGAUAUUAACAGCCAUGGAUUAUCCAGCGGAGACCCUACUGUGCUGUAUGAUUCACCGUGGGAGACUUUGGGUUAUUUUCAUGGAGACAAGAAAUUUGGAAGCUUUGUUCCUUAUAGUUACUGGACAUUCCAAAAUUGUCCAUUGAGACUCAAAACUUACUCCUAUGCACCUCGAGACGUUUGCUGGUGCACAAAGUGUGUGGAGAAUAUAAAGGAUCAAAACUUGUUCCCCAUCCCCGCGCUUCGGUAUAGACACCUAAUCCGCCGUAUAAGGAUUGAUUUAUUUGAGAUGGGUAUGGCAAUGAAACAAAAAAGAGAGUAUAAUCAGGAAAUUGCACGAAAACUGCUACUACCAUUCCGGUAUAGGUUGGAGGAAGCAUUGAAACCAGUCGCCGAGAGCGUAGCCGUCGAAAUCGCAGUUGCAAGUCUAGAUUCUAAAGGAAGCGAGGAAUUCCAGAUUGAAAGCCCGAAAGCGUACGCGGAGCUAAUCGAAACUUUAUGGCCUCUAACGGCUGGGCCGUGGAAAUAUACGAUUACGCUACCGAUUAGUAUACAACAACGAUAUGGGCAUUUGACGGACUCCAUAUUGGAAAGUUGUAACCGGGAGGUGGUGGUUAAGAAGAGAGAGGAGAAUCAUUUCUUAAAAGUAGAUAUCGACCAUAGUCGAUAUUUGCGGGUCAGGAAUCGUGGGAUCCAUGUAUUGGAUCAUGCAGAUUACUUUCCUAGAUACGCUGAAAGUGAGCCCUACACCAUGCAUAUAUGUCGACGCCCGAGUAAAGACAAAUUAGUCUCUGAGGUCACGGAGCCUACAUCGUCUUCUUCGCCCCAUGCUGAAAAGGUUUCUAAGCGAUCAAGUCGAUUGUGGGGCAGUAUUGCUCAGGGAACCCGCAGGGUUGGGGAUAAAAUUCGACAGAGAGUAUCUUAG